AUGCCAGGCAGUGCCAAUGUGCCUCUCAUGCCAUGCCAGAAAUCCUCCAAACCCCCAGAGGAUGAAAGUGAACUGAAGGCCGCGGCGGAGAGGAAUCCAAAGAGUGUCAGUUUCUUUGACUCUGUAAGCGUGAUAUCCGGAGGCAAGGAGAACAGCGCCAAUGCCAACAACAACAUGGAGCUGGAGACCCAGACUGAGAAGAGCCAGAGCCAGAACUGCCACGGCAACGCGCCCGGUGGCGGCGGCGGGCAGAACGGGAUGGCACACCACCCACACCCACACCACCAAGGAGAGGCCAUCGACACCGAGGUCGCCCAGGAGAUCCGCUAUCUCGAUGAGGUCCUCGAGGCCAACUGCUGCGAACCAGCUGGACAGGCGGACAUUAUGACCUCGAACGGAACUUCUUCCCCGGAGCCAAGGCUGAUCAACGUGGACGGCAGCGGUCCGGCCGUUCAUGUGUCGGGCGGCGCCGUGUCCUCAUCGGGAGACCUUGGCGGGAUGAUAGUGGUGGUGGACAGAGAUAGGCAGACCACUUUUGUGAGUGGUGAGGAGAUCGAUGGCACUACUAAGCCAAAUGGCCAUUCAUCACCAGCAGCAGCAGCCACAGCAGCAGCAUCUCAAGAUGGCAGGGUGCAGAUGCUCGACAAGCAGCCGAUGACCACCACCAUCCAGAAGGGGGCGCGCUUCGAGCUGCGCACCUUCCAGGAGGAGAGGAAGCCAUCGAAGCUUUUCGAAAGCCCGAAGGAGAAAGAGAUCCGCGUGAAGAAGGUCAGGCCCUCGGAGGAGGUCGCCGAACUGGAGAGGGAGCGUCUGGAGCUGAUCCGGGGUCAGGCGGUCAAGAAGAACCCCGGCAUGGGGGCCAAGUGGUGGAACCCUCCCCAGGAGAAGACCCUGGAGGAGGAGCUGGACCCGGAGAAGCUCGAGUCGCACAGGAAGUACGAGGAACGCAAGCAGAAGCGGAUCGAGUCGGGAGGAGGACGUGGCUCGCAGGGCUCCCCGAGUCCGACGGUGUCGCCGAGUCCCACGUACUGCUGCACGCCGCCCGAGCCGGUGAACAAAGAGGACAUCGUCACCGAGCAGGUGGACUUCUCGGCAGCGCGCAAGCAGUUCCUUCAGAUGGAGCACGCAAAGCAGCAGCAGCCCAGCGCAGGUCCAAAGAGGAGCGUCGCUCCCCAGCUCUACUCCGCCAAGCCCUUCUCUCGAGUGUCUGAGGUGUCGCACGUCGAAAGGCCCGGUGGUUCCAUCACCGUCACCGGUCACCACCAAGCCUAUCACGGCCUUGACGACAGUCACGGCGUCGUCGUGACGACAGGCAAGACCGCUGACAGAGUGUUCUGCAGCCCGGGAGACGGCGGCACGACAGAGAGGGACAGGAAGGAGGAGGGGCCAAAGGGCCCUUGGAGCGAGGAGAGCGACUACACCUGCGCCCGCGCCGUCAUGACCAUGGUGAAGGAUGACGAGCCGCCGUUCGUGCUGCGCUCCAUGACCAGCUCGUCGUACCACCCCGAGGAGAACGACUCCGGCCUGGACGACCUGUCCAUCCGCUCCCAGGACACCACGGUGCUCGAGACCCUGUCCAACGACUUCAGCAUGGACAACGUCAGCGACAGCGGCGCCUCCAACGAAACCAUGAGCGCCAUCCUGGGAGAGAACUCCCUGGGAGACUACUCCUUCCCAUCCACGCCCAUGGCCACCACUCCCAUCAACGGGAACCGGGACCGGGACAUGAAGUCGCCGAUCGACGAUCACAGUGCAUCUCUGUCCUCUUUCAACGCAGACAGCCUGACCGAAGACGAGCUGGAGUACCAUGCCGGCAUGCUGGUCCAGAACGCCAUCCAGCACGCCAUCGCCCAUCAGAACCAGGACUGGGAACCCAGGCGGGCCACCCAGCAGUCGUCCCCCAUCCUGGAGAGGCAUGUCGAGGUGGUGGUUCAGCCUUCGCCUCCUGCCUGCCAGUCUCCCCAGCCUGCUCCUGUUCCUCAGCCGCGGGAGAGCCCCGCCUCCCCAGUGUCAGUGUCUGUGUCCCCUGUGCCUGUGAUACAGACACCUACUCCUUCUCCCAGAGUGCCAAACCCCGUGGAAGAGAAGCAGCAGCAGCAGCGCAGCAUGGCCUCCUCCUCUCCCACCAUCACCGUCCAAGCUCCGGCAGCACCAGCAAGUGUCUCCAGAAGUCCCAGCAGCGCCUCCUACUGUCCAACUCCCGCUCCCGCCCCCGCUCCCGCGUCGUCAGCCGUGAACUACUACAGCAUGUCACCCAGCCAGUCUCCGCCUCCCAGCGAGAAACCCGAGUUCAGCUACUUCAGCAAGUAUUCGGAAGCGGCGGAGCUGAGGAGCACGGCGACGGCGACCAAGAAGAGCCAGGAGGAGGGCCCCAGCGCGGGGCCCUUCAAGCUGCGCUCGCGCAAGCAGAGGACCCUGUCCAUGAUCGAGGAGGAGAUCCGAGCGGCGCAGGAGCGCGAGGAGGAGCUGAAGCGGCAGCGGCAGACACAGUGCCUGCGGCCACCGGCACCGGCACAGGCGGCGGGGGCGGCGGCGUCUCAGUCGCUCACGCGCAAGCAGAAGACCAACAGCCUGCCUGCUAAACUUGUACUUCCGGGAAAGACAGCGCCAGGGAAGAUUGAGAAGAUCCGGCCGGCGCCCCCCGCCUCCCCGUCGUCCUCUGAGGGCCCCCUCCCCUCCCCCCUCUCCGACCUGGGCAGCGACGACUCGGGCGGCUCCCGGCCCAAGAACCUCAUGCAGACCCUGAUGGAGGACUUUGAAACGCACAAGGUCAAGCGUCGAGAGAAACUGGAGGACAACAGCGUUCUGGAGGCCACGAGAGUGACCCGGCGGAAAAGCAACAUGGCUAUGAAGUGGGAGGCGGGCAUCUACGCCAACGAAGAAGGCCGCGAGGGAGAGGAGGAAGAGGAGGAGGAGGAAGAGGAGGAGUAAAGGUCCCCACCCCACUCCCCACCCUGGCAGGAGUGUCAGACACAAAAAUCAAAGGGGUAUCUUCUAGAGGGCAACCACAUUGUUUAUUUUUUAUUAUUAUUUAAAGCAUGUAAGGGUGGUUUCAUAUCACAACAGCAGCCUGUCUGUGUGGACUGUUGAUGAUUGUUGGGAUUUUGGAGGCACCUGCUAUUGGAUGUUUUGACAAGCAACCCAGGCCUGGUGACUUGAGUUGGGAUCACUAUUUUUUUUGAGUUGGGAUCACUAUUUUUUUUGAGUUGGGAUCACUAUUUUUUGUUGAUUCAGGGUUUGUGACUUUCUACUUGCUAUCUUUGGAAGGUUUUGCAGUUCUGGGAAAAUGUGCUUUAUGAACAUUUAUGAGACUAUACCUUUGGGUGAUAUGAUUAUUUCAUCUUUGAAGCUUUGAAAGUGAUUUGAAAUGAAAACAAACAACAAAAAAACAGAGGAAAAGAACGCGCCAUGGACACAAACCUGCCUUUUAGUCGUGGGGAGAGCUUUUUUUUAAAAAAGGACUGGUUGUGAUCAAACAACUUUGGGAUACCCAUGAACACUGAAGAUGUGUGUUUUUGUUUCUUUCUUCUUUUUUUUGGUUUGGCUCUGGAUUAAUGGAGGUUAAUAAUCUCACCCAUUCAAUUUCACUUCAUCCAUCAGCUUUAUAACAUCACAUCAAGCAUUUUAAACAAUUCCUACUGAUGGAAUGGACAGUAUAACUACACCGCUAAUAUGUAUCUUUUGUAUCGCUGUUAAAACUUUUUGCCGGGAUUUUGCUUUUUUUUUUUCUUUAGCAUCCCAAAACAGAAUAUUUACUCUUCAAGAAAAAAUAACCGAAGCAAAACGAAACAAAACUAAACUAAAGGGUGUUUUUUUUUCUUAGAAUACCAAUUUCCUGUAACGUGAUAACAAGCAGAUCCGGUAGCACCUGCUCUGUCACCAUGGUGCCCAUUGUGAGGAGUCUGUCAGCGAUUCAAUCAUGUGGCAUUUUUUAGCCAUGAAAACAGUUGGACACCUGAGACAAACACCUCUGAAAAGGGAAAUGCCUUCUUGCAGCUGUGCCAUUCACUAUUCACCCCAUGCAGGAAUUGAAAAAAAAAAAGAAAACGUGACCGCAGAGAGGAAAAACAGGAUGUUGACUUUUGAUUGUUUGUGGAUGCAGGCGGACGGACCUACCAGCUGCUCAUGCAAUAUCUAUCAAUGCACUUGACAGUUUCAUGACUAAGAAGAGUUGUUGUUGUUGUUUUUUUUCUGCUAAACUCAGUGUUGUAGGGGUAUGGUGCAGACCGCUUUUCUUUUCUUUUUUUGUUCUUUUUUUUUGGUCAUGAGUAAAUGCAAUUUGUGUAGACAAUCAAAGCAUGUGUUCACAACGAUGCAGGUGACUGCCAGUGUUAUAAACCGUAUGAGAUGGAAAUGAAAUUUAAGAGGGAAAAAAACAUAUUUAUUAUCAGAACCAAGACUCAGUUCAUGCAGUUGAACUCUGCAUUGAAAUCCAUAAAGAUUGGUCUUUUAAGGCAGGGGCAUCAGUCACUGGUGCGAUGCAUAUGCCUAAUAGAGAGAAAGAUUAUUUAAAAGGCAAAUGACUCUCUUGCCCAUUGAAGACGAUCUGACAAUGAAUCAAAUGUGUUAUUUAUGAAACAAAAUGGCAGAGGGGUGGUGCUGUAUGUUCAGAUAGUAGUUGUGAAAGUGUAAAGAUGAUUGAUUGACGGACGGAAGGACGGAUGGAUGGAUGGAUUUAUUGAUUGAUUGUGUUAUGAUGUUUGUGCUCCAGGUUCACAUAGGAGCAGGACUUAAGGCUUUGUGUAUUUGGGGUCUUUGAAUUAUACACAGAACGAAAGUGGAAAACAGUGAGCUGGUGGGGUGCAUUUCUCGAAUCCAAAGUUGCUUACUACUACGUUAGCUACUUUGUUGUUUUCAACAGCAUUUUCCCAUUGGCAACUACCGAAGUUGCUAACAGGCUAACAACUUCUCUUUUGAGAAAUGCACCCCUGAAAAGGAAAUAUAUUAUCAACAUGACUGACAGUCCAUUGAUAAAGGAAAGCACUUACUAAUAACUGCAGACAUUGAGAGAUGUUUCUGGGUCCCAUACCACAUGCCUAUUUGACAUUAGAGUGUUGUCACUGUAUUGGAAGGAUCAAUGGGACUUUCGUAGAGAAGCUUGUUCUGCAUCUUGAUCAGGGACUGACAGCCAAAAUUAUUCUUUUUUUGCUCAAGUCAGGAAGUAAUCUGAGCACGGACAAUGACAUCCUGGUUUUGGUUUUUACCUCAUGGAUCAGGUCUGGAAAAAAAAUAGGAAAUCCGUCACACUCUUAAGACAUUAGACAUUGUACAAAUUGAACUCCAUUGUUGGUGAGCAUGGGCUCUGUUUUUUACAUUGUGCAUUAUACAUAUAUCUAUAAAUAAGUACAUGUGAAGGGACGGUUGUCCUUUCUAAGUAUAUUUACUUCUAGAUUUAGAGUUAGACUGGCAGUGGCACUGGUGCAUUUCUGUUCUGGAAGGCGGGCGUUGAUUUUAUCUUGUGGUCUAUGACGUGUGCAAGCAUAUUUACUAGCGUGAUGUUGCUAUUGCAAGGAAGAGGUGAAAUGUAUAUGGCGAUGUUGGCAAAGCAAGGGGUGCAUUUCUUGAAAGCGUAGUUGCUACGGUAGCUACUUUGUUGGCUGCAAUGCAAUUUCCCAUUGGCAACUACCCAAGUUGCUAACGGCUAACAACUACGCUUUCGAGAAAUGCACCCCAGGUCAUGUCAUAUCUCGGGCAAAGAGCAAAGACCAUGACUGGACAGGAAUAAUUAAGUGUAUUUGUAAAAGCUGCUGCAUAUGCUUGAAGGGGCAACAGCAUUUUAAGAAUAUAUACAGUAUUUAUAAAAAAAAGGUUGACGGUGAUUACCCCGUUGUUUAUUAAAAUUGAUGGACCUAUUUGGUAAAGGAACAUAGAUCUGAUGUCUCCAUGCAGGAAAUGUAAGUUGUAUUUGGGUUCUAUGAUAUGGAGAAUAUUCGGUAAACAGUUGUUGUUGUUUUUUUACAAGGAGAUUAUUAUUUUUUGUUGUGCAGUGGGAGAAGUGUACCUUCUGAUGGAACAUAGUUUUUUUUAGCAAGUGACUGGCAUUUCAAUAGUAUGUAUGCUUUUUAAUUAAAUAACUGAAUAAAUAAAUCUACCCUCUGCUCGUUUGGGUGCUUGAGACCCCCAGUUAUAUAAGGAAAAAAAACAUGCUUUCAUUCUUCAACAUGAGAAUGCUAGCUUCAUUAUCACAGCCAGCCUGUGGGAUGCUGUAGAAUAAAAGUCAGAGGGAUCUCGCUAAUAUUUUUCAGCUUAUCUUGCCUUGCGUGUUCACCCGUUGCCUUGCUGUAUGUAUCUGAAUGGCAUAGCAAGUGGCUUUUCAAAUAGUCAGACAUUCGCUUUAGUUGAUGUAUAAUACACAUAGCACAAAUGUAUUUUUUAAAAAGUAUUUGCAAUAUCAAUGCUGAAUUGCUCCGAAUUUUCAUACCACGCAGUUAGGGAAACAGUCACAAGGUCGUGUGGUUAUCACCGUUGACCAGCAGUUGUCAAAUUGUCAAUAUGAUAUAUGAUGAUGAUGAUGACUUUGAGAUUUUUUUUUGUCUGUUUGAGCAAUAAGGUGUCAGCUGAAAACUGCUGUUCUUCAUUCAUGUGAUGGGAUUUGUAGUUUUUCUUCCCAUUGAAGGAGGUGAUACUGUACACAGUAUAGGCUCAGCAUUGCAUCAGUAGCACAACUGGGCACAACUGUAAUCACAAGACGAACUGAUAAUGGUUAUUACAGUAAUCGGCUCAUUGGGCGUUUUAAUGACAGUUGCACUUCGAAGCAAGCUGAUAAACAACAACAUUUUAACAGAGGGGUGACUUGUGGGGCCUCACUUCGCUAUUUGGUCAUGCAGUUUAAAUAAGUAGUUACAGCUCCAAAAGAGCUCAGCUUCCUUCUUCAUAGCAAACCUCAAGGUUAUAAGCUGAAAUGCACCUCACACAACCCCCAGCUCUUCCUUAAGCAAAACAUACUGAAAAAGGAAUAAACAGAACACAUUACUGAACAAACACAUGCAAGUGAGGCCCAGAGGGGUCUACACCAAGAAGCUGGUUGAGGAGUAAACCAGGUGAAGUUAAAGGGGUAUGCCACUAUUUUGGGCUUAAUACAGUUAAAGUUGUUGGCCAGGGUUUAUAAAGGUGGUAAAGUCUCUUGUUUUUCAUGUAAGCCGUUGUCUUGCUUUAAGACAAGUUAAAAGAGGGAGCGUGUCGCUAAGCUAGUGAAAGUCAAUGCAUCCGUGUAGCAUGUCCAUUGACUUUCACUAGCUUAGCGACCACCUUUAUAAACCCUGGCCAAGGAUUUUAACUGUAUUAAGCCCAAAAUAGUGGCAUACCCCUUUAACUUGAACUGGUUUACUCCUGAACCAACUUCUUAGUAUACCCUCCUCAGGUCUCUGUAGACUGCUUCCCUCCCCUCCCCCUCUGUGUUCUCUGCAGCAUGUUAAACAGACAAAAAUCAAUAAUAUCCUGCAUAAUACAGUAUUAAACCUGCCAAUGAAACUCUUCCGGCCUACUAUAGCAUUCAUCCACGAGGAGUCAACAGUACUGCAGACUCUUCUCUCCCAGAAGCAGGCACCCAGACGCCAGCUUUUGUACUGUAACAUGUAGGAGCCUUCAUCAAACACACACACACACACAUGUGCAAAAGAGGAACUAAGCUGUAAUGUGUUUGUUUUUGUUGUUGUUGUUUAUAAUAAUACUGACUUCUUGCAUUAUCUGGUGUUAUUCACUACACAGCGCGAGCUACUCUGUAAGACACUUGUUUUGUUUAGGAUCGCUCAAGUGGCCGUUUUCACUAAAGGAAAUACCAAAGGAGUAUUGAGGAAGAUAUGAUGAGGAUUGCGAUUAUUAUUAUGAUUAUGAUUAUGAUGAGAGCAUUAUGUUGCCCUGUGUUAAUAUGUUAACCACUUGUAUGUUCAUAUACUGCUUAUAUUGUUUUAUAGUUACAUUAAGCCUCACAAUUAUACACUAUAUAUAAUUAUUUUCUCAUUAAAAACAAAA